GAGAACGUCGACUUUGGCAGCCUUACCAAAGGUUUGUGCACUCUCGCCAAAAGGGUCCCGCAAGUUCCGAAAGGCUUGAACAAACGGCAGACGGAGGAUGCCACCGCAAACAGGACAGCGCUUGUCAAGACGAUUGACAUCCUGUGGAAAAUCCCUCAGCUGCGCCAGAGGAUCUGGUCGUACGCAGACGAGCAGGUCAGCGUUCUGCGAAACGAGAUUCUAGCACCCGACGUGGACGUCUGGCCUGGCGAGUGCAAGAAACUGUCGCAGGUCACCCCGAACUGGAUGGCCGCUUGGUUGAAGAAUCGCAAACCGUGCUGGACAGCCCCGCUGUUAUCCGCAAUCGGCAAACAUCAAAAGGAUAACAUUGUGCAUAUCUUCCAAAUGGUAUGUGCGUACUACAAGAAAGACGUCAUCCCCGAGGAUUGCUGGGCAGACCCGCAGUUGUUCGGUUUCCUCUGCACGGAGCGCGCGAACACCGUCGGCUUCCCAGACGAGGCAUUCAUCAGGGACUGCGUCGACAAGGCCACGGGUAAGAUCGAUUGGAUUGGGUACCCUUAUGACUACAAAUGGACCAAUGGAAAGGUGUCGAAAAUCACAAGUUACCUCAAAGACACGGCUCUCCCAAAAGAUUUCCAGGUAAUCGAUAAACGGUUCAAGAUCCAGAACGCUGCUGACGCAGUGAGGGCCGUCGCCCAGCUCGAGUUGACAAAGCACGAGAUCCUCCCGAUGUUCGAACCUGGGUCCAGGAUCGUCAGUCUCAACAUCGACAAAAAGGGUGAUUGUCUGAAGGGCCAGCUCCACGCGGCCAAGCGCAGGCAGGAGGCGUUGAAGAAGGAGCAGGCUGCCGCAACCAGCAGCAGCAGUGCCAUCGACAUGAAUGCUGAUACCGAGGAGACGGCGGCGAACAAGAAACGGAAGGCUGAGGUGGCUCGCAAGGCUGCCGCCAAGUCGAAGUCGGCCAGGGUGCAACAGAUCGACCUUUCCAAGAUGGAUGCUGCGUAG